UGUUCUCUCAGCAGGAAUCACCGGUAAAGAGUUGACGUUCUAGUUCAAUAGUUCACUGUUCCUCUUUGUUUAUAGUUCCGAGCGCGAUUUCCGUGUAGGCUUUGUAUUGUUUAAAUUUUGUCCAUUAUGGAUGGGCAGAGUGUGGUACUAUGUGAAAUUGCAGAUGAAUGCACUGGUAGUUCAGUGGAUUCGGACUUUGAUUUUGGAAAAAAACAGUGGCGCUUAAAGGCAUAUCUGGCGGAAAAGGCAAAGACUGUGAUCGAGUGCAUCUUCAAAUGCAGGGAUGCUCGUACAUCUAAGCUUCGCUUCAAAGCCGUUUCCCAGAGUUCGGCUGGAGAAGGAUUGUUUUGUGCAACGACUCUUGUACUGGUUUACCAUUGGUUUACCAAAUGCAGAGCUCGUGCCAUAGAGCUUGAAGUCGCGUCCAAGCUGUUUCCUAUCAUUUUUACAAACUACACUCCCAGUUUGGAGUUCGAGGUGGCAGAGCAACAGCACCAAAGAGUCCUACAAAGCUAUGUAACCACAAAGCUAUACGAUGCACUCUAUAACCGGCACCAGACUACAUUCCAAGGAAUGGAUUCAUCAAUUUCAAUUCCAUCCAGUUUUAAGUCGACACUACGCCAAUAUCAGGAAUGUACCGUCAAAUGGAUGCUUAGUAGAGAACAAGAAGCGACGGAGCUUCCAGCUUAUUACGUUGUCUACAAAUCCAUUGAUGGAAAAAGUGAAGUAUUAAAGCACAAGUACUGCCUGCAUUUCGAUGCCUAUACGGGAACACUGCCACAAAUCUCCGUGCCUCCUGGUGGCAUAUUAGCCGAUGAAAUGGGUCUAGGUAAGACAGUAGAGCUGCUCGCAUUGGUUAUGCUUAAUCCCAGACGCGAUGUAAGCAACGCAUACUGGUACAACCUGAUAGACGAAAUGCAAGACGAGAUACCGCUGAAACGGAGGUGUGUUCAGGAUGCUGAGUUGUGUAUUUGCACAAAGAAACGGAAGCCCUCUGUGCAGUGCAGUCGUUGCCAUUUAUGGCAACACAAACACUGUGUUCGGCAUAAAGAUGAAUUCAAUGAAGAUUCAUACAUGUGUCCGGAAUGCUGGACAGAAUUGGCAGUCACCGAUCUGGUAGAAUCCGGGGCUACAAUUAUUGUGUCGCCCAGUGCUAUCAAAAUGCAAUGGUUUUAUGAGAUUAGCAGACACAUAUCUCCCCCGCCGAUGGUUCUGCUCUAUACAGGACUGCAUUCUGGCAGUUGGAUUAGUCCUCUGGAGUUGGCCAAAUACGACAUUGUGCUGACAGACUAUAGCAUAUUGCGUAGCGAGAUUUAUCAUACGAGGGAUUACGUAUCGGAUCGCACAAUGCGACACCAGCCCCGUUUUAUGCGUCCCAUCUCUCCACUGCUUAUGGUGAAGUGGUGGCGAGUGUGCCUGGACGAGGCCCAAAUGGUGGAGAGCAACACGUCACAGGUGGCUGAAAUGGUGCGCAAAUUGCCGGCAAUUAAUCGCUGGGCCGUCACAGGCACCCCUAUUCAACGGUCCAUUGACGAUCUGGCGCCUCUCCUGCGAUUUGUUGGCUUUGUCGACGGUUGUGAGCCUUUAGAAGCCUGGCAAACAGUCGCUAAUUCGUUUUUGCUAAAUCACAACACUGAUGCCUUGAUGGAGAUUCUUCAGCCUUGCAUGUGGCGCACAUGCAAAUCGAAGGUAGAGCAUGAAUUGGGCAUUCCACCACAAACCGAGGUUGUCCAUCGUCUCGAGCUCAGCAAUGUUGAGUCCUUAUACUAUCGGGAGGAACACUUUAAGUGCUCGGAUCAGUUUCUCGCCGCUGUGGCAAAGCACACCCGCUACAAUCCCAACGACAACACGUCGCGCCUGGCCUCCAUCUCACCGCAGCUGCUAAAAUUGAUUCUUAAACCAUUUCUGCGCAUACGCCAAACGUGUUCUGUGCCAGUCGUGCUCAACAACAAUGUUUCUACAACGGAGUAUCUAAAUCCUCAAGAGCUUUUAUCGCAUUUAAAGGCCACCAACGAAGUGGAAUGCAAAUCUCAGCUGCGUACAUGGGCUUCAUCCUACAAUGGCAUGGCAGCUAUUUUCUUCAUAAGGAACAAUUACCAGAUGGCUGCUAAGUACUAUAAGCUGGUCUUAAAAUUGGCUCAAGAUUACAAUGAGGAACAAAUUUCCGUGGACAGUGUGCUCCAAAUACAUGCACUCCAUAACAUAAUACAGGCCACUAACUUGGCUCCCACCCAAGAAGGAAUGAAAGAUGAGGAGUUGGAAAAAUACCAAACGCACUUGAAAAAGUUGGAAUGGAAAUAUCUCGAGGAUAAUACGAAAGUGUUGAGGUCAGCCGGAGGAGCGUAUGAGACAAAACUUGAGGACUUGGAGCGCUUAGAGCAAGAAUUCUCCGCCAAUAUUAUUGAGUUGUUAGCUACACUGAUUACAGAAAGUACGGCAUUUCACGAUGCUUUAUGGAAUAGGACCCUCGAUGUAUUUAUUCGUCAGAAUGUUUCGACCGAGAAACUGCAAAAUGUUUCAUCAAUGUCAGGCAUAAUAUAUAUCAUAGAUACAUGGUACCAAAAACUGCUAAAGCUCAAAAACAAACUGCGCAAGGAAUUCCAGGAUCUAAGCAGCAUAAUGAGCACGGCUUGUGGAGCCGUAGAGAAAGGAGAUAGUUUGUCAUUGGAAGUGACAAAUUUCAUUAGUAGUAUCUCUGAUUGCCACUUGGCAGAUAUUCUGGAAGACAAUCCCAAAAUGACAAAUGAAAAACCAAAGAAAAAGCGGUGUCGUUUGUGCACGAUUAGGGAUCAGAUCAAUCAGUUUGAGUGCCUGUUAUUUGACAAAGAGCUGGAAAAGGAGGCCACUGUAACAGAUGGUGUGGAAAAGCCCAGUGUUGAGAUGACUCUCAUCAAAGUAAUCUUAAUGUUUAUACGCUCGAAAACUGAGUUCCACACAUGGCAAACGGAGUGCAGCAAUAAAUUGGAGACACUGAAUUGUUUACAAAAUCUUAGCAAACUUCAGAUUAAGUACUGGAUCGAAGUUGAGUAUGUGGUGAAGGCAUUCGAUGAGCUGGAAAUGUGUAAAAUGCGCAUUUUGCUAACUGACAAUCCGGAUGAACAGUCUAACUAUCGAGUUUUGGAGUGUCAGUUGGAUGAACUGAUGGAGAACAAUUUAGCAAAUGUAAACGAAGCUCAAUUAAAUUUUACCCGUUUAGCUGGACGUCUCAAAUAUUUGAAGCAUUUAAAAGAGGACACCAAUGACAAAGUCUGUCCCAUUUGUCAGACUCAGGAUGAUGAUCGUUACGUUGUGCUUGUCUGCGGUCACUUUAUAUGCCAACAUUGUCUAGAUAAAAUGAGGAUGUCAUCUAAGGAAACCAUAAGUAAAUGUCCAAUAUGUCGCCAGGAGUCUCCACAAAUUUAUUACGCGGCGCGGUCGGCUAAAACAAAGGCUCUGGCAGGAAAUUUUUCGAGUAAAAUAGCAUAUAUUGUGAGAAAGGUGUUAAGUCUGAAGGCAGACAGUUCCGAGGAAAAUAAAGCAAAAAUAUUAAUAUUCUCACAAUGGCAAUCUAUCCUUAAGCACAUUGCGCAGGCCUUGGGCCAAAAUGAUGUCGAAUAUCGCAACAAAUGUACGAAUCGCGAUAUUGAAGAAUUUAAGGAUGCCAACCGUAAUAUUACUUGCUUGCUGAUGCCUCUCUCUCGUGGCUCGAAAGGAUUGAAUCUAAUUGAGGCGACGCAUGUCUUUCUAGUCGAGCCCAUUCUGAAUCCAGGCGAAGAAUUGCAAGCGAUUGGACGCGUUCAUCGGUUUGGUCAGACAAAGCCCACAACUGUCCAUCGCUUUAUCGUUAAUGGUACAAUAGAAGAAAAUAUUCUGUCGCUGAUUGCUUCGGCCGAUGACAAUAAGACUUUAUCUACGCACUGGGACUUGGAGAAUAUGACACUUGAAAGCCUAAAGGAGCUGUUCAAACUUAAAGAAAACAAAUAGUUUUGACUUAAGAAGUCAAAACUUCCGAAUACUCCACGAAAAUAGCCUGCCCGCACCUCACCGCUCUCAAACACUUCAAAAUGAUCUUCUUGUGAUAAUAUUUAUUUACAACGAAUUAAGAAGAAUUAAUUACGAAUCGAAACCUAUGGAAAAUACCAUUACAAUGGUAUAUUUCUAUUGUAAGAACGCUCGAUUAUCAUAUCAUAUUUCACGAUCUAUAUCAGCGGUGGGUACGAAAUUUCAAAUCGAGAUCCCUACAACAAAAAUUACCGCUAGACUUCUGAAUAAAUGCUACUGAAAAUCGAGCAACGACACAGGAACUAUGUGUAUUUUGUUUUUGCAUCAAUCUGCUUGUGUGUCUGGCUGGCGACAACUACAUGUAUUUUCGCGCUCGAUCUUUUGCUUGUGCGCCUGGCUGGCGCCACUUACUAAAACAUAACGGAAAGAUCCCUGGAAGCCCAAAGAGCCACUACGUGCCCAUCGCUGAUCUAUAUAUCCAAAAGAAAAGACAGCAAAUGGCUUAGGCCAUUAUACAUACAUAUGUAUCUUGUAAAUCGUUGCAAAAGAUAUGUGGUGUUAGAAUAGAAGGAGGGGUGGUAAAUCCAAUGUAAUAUUACAGAAAUUAUGAGAACAAUCGCUAUAGUCAUAUUACUAUAGAUAAUAUUGUCCUGUGCAACUUCUAAAUUUCUUUCUUCAUGUUUUGGUCUAGGAAGAUAUGAAAUCAAAUUGGAAGUGGAAAGUUUGUUACUAUACCCACAGAUCUAACAAAAG